AGCAAGAGCAUCAGCACCCAGCAAGGAUGCGCCAAAGCAGCUGAGCAAAAAGAGGAGCCCGAGAACGAUAAUGGGGUGACCUGGCAGGCUGGGGGGCAGGCAGCAGUGCUGGGGAGCCUCCUAGAGACCCCUCUGCCAAAGAAAAAGACUGGCAAAGUGCUCCUUUGCCUGGUGCCACACUGUGCCAGGCUGGUACCAUCAGGAGGAGGAAGCUGGCAGGCACCUGUCCAACAAUGAUGCCAGGAAGAGAGCAUCUUUCUUGCUCCUUCAGGACCCAAACCUUUGCCGCUGCCCUCUCCUGCAUGGCAGAGAUGCCCACUGCAGGGUGCCAGGAAGUGUAAGGCACUCUUGCAACUGCUGAAAUUGGCACCAGAGGAGAAGAAAGGCAAGCCCGGGAUGUCUGGAGACAACGAGGAGAUCACCCGCCUUCGCAAGCCACGUUUCUCCUAUGAGGAGAACCAAAUCCUGAUCCAAGAAGUGCGUGCCAAUUAUGCCAAGCUCUACGGCACCCAGAGCCGCCGGGUGACAGUGGCCGAGCGCCGGCGGGUCUGGGAGGGCAUUGCCGCCAAGAUCAACAGCAUCACCAACUGGAAGCGGACUGGCCAGGAGGUCCAGAAGCGAUGGAAUGACUUCAAGCGGCGCACCAAGGAGAAAUUGGCACGGGUGCCCCAUUCAACCCAAGGGGCUGGCACUGCCUGUGACGAGAGCUUCUCAGCAGAGGAAGAGACCAUCUUUGCCAUCCUGGGGCCUGGCGUGAUGAUGGGCGCAGCAGGUGCCGGGGCAGAACCUGGGGCCUGCCAGAACACUACGCCAAGGUUUGCUGCUCAUAGUUACCGCCUGGCAGUGGAGCAGGGCACAGAUCUGCCAACUAGAGGCAACACGUCAUGCAGCCCAGAGACUUCUGCCCACCAGCCUUCUUGUUGCACUUUAGAUGGGGGCUUCUUGCGACCCAAGGAACGUGACUCACCGGUGCCUCCAUCAGCCCAGCCUGCAUCACUACAGAUAGUCCACCUGGCACCAUCUCCAGCCAGCUUGGGUUGUAGGUCACAUCUUGAACACUCCCCCACUCCGUGUCCCUCCACAUCACCACCCCUGCGGCGCCGACGGACCCGCAUCGACCCACCCGGCUAUGAGCCCCCUCUGGAUUUUCUGCAGGCUCAGAGGGAGACGGCUGAAGCCAUUCGUGAGCUGACCUACACCUUGCGGCAAGGUCUGGAGCGCCUCACCGACGUGGUGGCCGCCUUGUUGCCCCUAAUUCCAGCCCAGACAGAACACCAGGAGAGGAUCUGUACCCUGGAGACCCCUCUUUCUGGAGAGACUCUGCCUCCUCGAGAUAGCUUUGUUGCCAAGCUGGAACCGUCCUCAGAGCAGGGGGAGACUGAGGCCAGGCUCCCUCUGCAAGAAGAAGGGCAGGCUGUGCCCGAAACAGAGCCAUUCUCAAGCAGGCCUCCUCUACCCCAGAAGCGGAGGAAAGGGAUCCCCACUCGCAAGCGUAGAGGACGUUGGAAGAACCUGUGAGCCUUGGGUGGGGGGCAAGGAAUGACUUCUCUUUAGACCUUGCCCCAAAAGAGAUCCCGUUCC